GUCACGAGUGACUUUAUUGAAUUGAAAAACUAUAAAGGCAGACUAGGCCACCAGAAACAAUGGAUGGUAGAAACAAGAAGAAUAGUUCUGUAGUCUGGGAUGGCGACAACACUGUGAAGCUCAUUCAGCUCUACGAACUGAAUAGGGUGCUUUGGGAUACGGAACACCGCGGCCACCAGAACCGCUAUGAGAGGAACCUUGCGUGGGCAGCGAUUGCCCAUGAUAUGGGCAUUAAUUUCCAGGAGAUAAAGAGAAAGAUGAACUCGCUUAUGGCUGUCUUUAGAUGUCAGCAUCGCAAGGGCGUCGCGAAUCCUCGCUGGUGGGCAUCACAUAUGACUUUCCUGCUAAAAACUAACGAUACUACAACAAUGCAGAUUGCAAGCCCUGACACCAGCCAUUUGUAUUCGGACAACAGUAUCAUGUCGCUGUCCGAUGAUCUAAACGAGAGCGAUUGUGAAUUUGUGGAUUCCCAACCAAAUAGUAAAAUGUUUCAGUCUGCGUUUAAAGAGUUUCGUGCCGAGUUUGAAGCCAUGAAGAUGAAACCGCUGGAACCGCACGAUGUAGCGUAUCCGACUUAUAAUACUAAUGCCCGAAAAAGAAGCUCUACAGAACUGAGUCCCAACGACAACAAAAAUUACAAUAAGAUAUUAAAAUGGGAGCCAAUAGACUCGGAUAUCAAGCCGGAGCCCAGCAUUAAUAAUUCCGCAUUGUCCACGUCAUGCCCCCAACCCCAAGUCCCAAACGAGAGUAAGGAAAACGAUGAUAUGGCGCUCUAUAUACAGUAUUUGGAGUGUAAAAUGAAAAAGUACUCUACUCGCACCAGAAAUGCCAUUCAAUUUCACUUUAAUCGCAUACUAUACAAGGCGGAUAUGGGACUGUUGGAUAAACCAUAUUCUUCCUAAUGACAUUUUUAUGAUAUACACAUGACGCCGGCCACUCAAUACAUCUUUUUAAAAUAUAGAUAAGUUAUAAGAAUUUGAUUUAAAAUAUGCCUAAGAAUCCUUUGUUACACUAAGUUAGCUUAUAAGACUUGGUCUGAUUCCC